AUGAAAGCUUAUGUGGGGAGUACCGUGCUUCUCCUGCAUGUUAUUUUUUCAUCUAUUUUGAUCACAUUUGACAUAGCUAGACUUGUUACUGCAUGGGUUGGGGACGAGUCUCCGUGGACGCCGCCAGGCCUGAUCAUAGCUGUCGACUUGAUGCUCGGUGUCCUCACAAUUGGAUCCGGUAUUGCGGCAGGCAUCACCUUCUACAGCACAGCCUCCACAGGAGCCAUGUGUGGCGGCCUCACUUAUCGUCUGUUUCGAGAGCUUCCUGCCCAGAGACAACUCCGACAUCUCUACCAAACCAUAGAGCCGACUAUACUCUUUACCGAGUCAGGCGAUGCGGUCGCUGUCUUCUUAAAGGGGUCCACAGAGACAGGAGUUGAGUUGCCCCAUAUCCGGUUGGCACAGGCUGAAGUUAUGUGA